AUGGAGUCUGGCAACAAGGUUGCAUUGAGUUCACGCUUCGGUAACAACAGGUGCACCAGGGGUCUGACCAUUUGAAGUUAAAAAAAAAAAAACCCUAUACUGCUACCUUCAGAAGUCUACACGGUUUGUGAUUUUGGUGUUUUCAGGGCUCCCUUACUUUGAAUCCUAAAAUUAAAUCAUUUAAUAAGCCAAGAUGGAGGCUGCUAUGGUGAGUGUGGAAAGCGGAGGGUGCAACAGCCACCCGCCUUACGGUUACGCGCAGGCUCGGGCAAGGGAGAGGGAACGGGAGCGCGAACGGGAGCGCCAAGCACACUCCAGAGCUGCCGCCGCCGCUGAAGCUGCUUCGGCAGGAGGAGGAGGAGGAGGAGGCAGCCACCACCAUCACCACCACCACCACAACCCGCAGCAACAGCAGCAGAAUCAGUCUCGCACCGCCUCCUUGUCCCAAGCCAACAACAGCUGUAGCGAUGGGACCGCCUCGUGCCCCUCCUCCGCCUCCGCCUCCCAGCAGCAACACCACCACGAGCCACAACAGCUGCAGCAAGUAGUCAAAGGGAAGAAAAAGCAUCGGGGCUCAGAGCAGGACAGGAGAAACAAGCAUCGUCAGGGCUACGGAGGGGGCCACUCGGAGUUGGCUCCAACUGGGUCCGAGGAAGAAAUUAUGAAAGAGCAGGAAGAAGAGGAGGAGGAAGAAGAAGACGAAGAAGAAGAAGAAGCAGUAGAAGAAGUAGUGGGAGAAGUAGUUGAAGGAGGGGAACAGACUGCAGGUGACAAGAAAAAAAGUUUUCUCUGUACCAUGGAUGAUGAAGAGGAGAGGAUUUCUCUCAGUGACAGACUAUCCCGGCAAGGCUAUGACUCUGUCUACAGCGAGUACGAGUGCUGCGAGAGAGUUGUCAUCAACGUCUCCGGACUGAAGUUCGAGACGCAGUUGAAAACUUUGACUAGGUUUCCUGACACGCUUUUAGGGGACGCCGAAAAACGAAUCAAUCACUUCGACCCCCUGAGAAACGAGUACUUCUUUGACAGGAAUCGACCCAGCUUUGACGCCAUCCUGUACUUUUACCAGUCAGGCGGCAGGUUAAAGAGACCCCCCAGCGUGCCAUUUGACAUCUUCUCUGAGGAGAUCAAGUUUUACGAACUCGGAGAAGAUGCAAUGCUGAAGUUCAGGGAGGACGAGGGUUUCGUGAAGGAGGAGGAGAAGCCUUUGCCAGAGGACGAGUUCAAACGCCAGGUCUGGCUCCUGUUUGAACACCCAGAAAGCUCAGUGCCUGCUAGAGGAAUUGCGAUCGUUUCCGUGGUGGUAAUCCUGAUCUCCAUAAUCAUAUUUUGUAUGGAAACUUUACCUGUGUUCAGAGAAGACAAUGAUUACUUAAACAGCGGCGUCAACGGCACAGCCCAAGACAAUGGAUCCACACCUUUUAACGACCCCUUUUUCAUUGUGGAGACUGUGUGCAUUAUUUGGUUCUCUUUUGAACUGAUAGUUCGUUUCUAUGCAUGCCCCAGCAAAGCUGACUUCUUUAAAACCAUUAUGAACACUAUUGACAUUGUAUCCAUUUUGCCUUAUUUUAUUACUAUUGCCUCGGAUCUCGCUCAGCAGCAUCAAGGCAACGGGCAACAAGCCAUGUCUUUUGCCAUUUUGAGGAUAAUUCGUCUUGUCAGAGUGUUUCGCAUAUUCAAGCUCUCCAGGCACUCGAAGGGCCUGCAAAUCCUUGGACAUACCCUCAGGGCCAGUCUCAGGGAGCUUGGUCUGCUGAUGUUUUUCCUUUUCAUCGGCGUCAUCCUGUUUUCCAGCGCGGUCUAUUUUGCAGAAGCAGACGAGCCCCGCUCCCAGUUCGGGAGUAUCCCGGAUGCCUUUUGGUGGGCUGUGGUAACCAUGACCACGGUCGGCUAUGGCGACAUGAAGCCUAUAACUGUCGGUGGCAAGAUAGUGGGCUCACUGUGUGCCAUAGCAGGUGUUUUAACCAUUGCUCUACCGGUGCCGGUAAUCGUUUCCAACUUUAACUAUUUUUACCAUAGAGAAACUGACAAUGAAGAGCAGUCACCGGUUCAGCAGUCUGCACCCACCUGCCCCUGCUUCCCCACAAACUUCCUAAGGCAAUUUAGAGGUUCCUCCUCAUCCUCUUCUUUGGGGGACAAAUCUGAGUACGUGGAGAUGGAGGAGGGAGUGACGGAGUCACUUUGCGCAAAGGAAAAACCGAGUCACAGCAAAGGCAAUGGCACAGAGCUGGUCAGGAAACAUUGUGUGAAUCCUAGCUCAGUACAAACUGACGUGUGAUGCGGGUGCAGUUCUCUCGUACUGCAUUUGGAGUGAUUACCGCUCAUGAAAUGAUAAGCAUUGAAGAGACAUACACACACACACAAGCCAGCUAGUGGAAAUGAACUGCAUACGCAAUGAUGUGCUUUAUCGAUAUUAUAAGAACUAAUGCGAGGGCAGACAUAUGAGAGGUCAGUGAAUGACUGCAAAUAGAAGUUCACGUGAGAGGGCGCAGGACAAGUUUUGUUUUUCAUCUUCAAAGCUUCAUCCUGAACUUUUCAUUAUUUACGGUUUUGCACAGUAACUGAACACUUGCAUUGACAUCCAGCAAUUCUGUGUUUUGCGUUUUUAAUAGAACUUCAAAUUCAUACAACUGUGAGUGUAGGUAUGGACAGCACUAACAACAGAAAACACUGUCAGAAAAUUGAUUGAGGCGAUUGUCAAUACUUGGUCAAAGGAUUAGCGCAAGGCACUCUUGCAAACAAUAACCGAAUGAAAUCCGUUGAACAUCAAAGAAAACGCUGCUCAAUAAUAAUAAUAAUAAUAAUAAUAAUAAUAAUAAUAAUAAUAAUAAUAAUAAUAAUAAUAAUUGUAAGGCACUUUAAGAAAAGAAAACAAACAAACAAACACAUGUUCCUUAACAGUAAAGCGCCUCCUGUCUUGUUAGCAAGCGGAUAAAGUUAAAGCACUUAAAGGAUACAUGUGGAAUUAUAGCUCCAGUUUUGCUGUUGUUUGAUCAGACUCUGCCUUGUUUGCACUAUUAAAUAUGCUGGAGACAGGAAUACGUUUUUAAGGCAAAUCUUUACUGUAAUGCUGUGAAAUGUUAGUUAGCAAGACAAUCACGCAAGACAUCCUCAUUCCGUGACGUCUGACUAAAGUCUAUUUAUACAACAUCCAGUAAAUACGCACAGCAACACACUGCAGUCAUCUGAAAUGUUUUAGCCUACUUUUUUUCUUUCUUUUUUUGGUCGCCAUCUAUAUGUUGAAUGGCAUUUGAUAACCUGGGAAGACUAGAGGCUGCUGUCUGCUGCUGCCUAAAGCUGGCAGUUCAUAAUGAUCACAUACCCUUUCGGAAAUGCAAGCCCCCCGGAACAAUGGCCCCUUAAGAGAAUAUCACUGCGAAUGUCCGUCACGUCAUUCUGUUGUGUGCAGUUGUUUGUUUUUUUCUGUUGCACUUAUCCCCCAAAACCUACCGGGGUGUAUAAACAUUAACCAAGCCAUUUAGUAAAGCCUUCUGGACAUGUGCACUGGCGGAUUCAUGCGUCAAUAUGAGGGGAUAGAAUAGAAUUAUGUUUCUGAGACCACAGCAACUCCAUCAUACAGUAUUUAUAUUACAAAAAAACAACAACAACAACAUUAUUUCAGGCGGUCACGCGAGCAUGUAUUGCUGCUGCAAUUAAAACAACACAGUACCACAAACCCUACACACAAGCUGCGUGUCCUGUUCAAGACUGAGAUCCUAAAGCGUCCCCCAAGGACUUGUGUCAUAUAAUUCCUUCUGAAGAUCAUGCGACAGAACCGCACUCCAUAGGGAUGAGGGAAUUGUGCUUCAAGUUCAAAAUCAUCUCCUCUAGUGCAGAGAAUUGCAAAUUCCCUUUAAACCAUCACAAGUGGAAACCAUUUACAUUAUGGCUACAUACGUACCUGGACACUUUACCAUCAGAAGAAGAAAAAGAACAAU